AUGUCCCAUUUUGCUCUGGUGCCAAAAUCGAGCACGACUGUGCCUUUGCAUGAUCAAGAGAACAGUUCUUGUAUUCGGGCUCCUCGGGUUCAGGCUGAGCUAACGAGCCUAUACGAGACAUACGCUUCCUUGUAUCCCAACCCACGUCUCAUGGAAGAGUCCCAGGAUCGAGACAACUUGUUACGCGCAAUAUCAUCCGCAUCGCAUGCCGUACAAUUGAACUCGCCCACACAGAAGAAAACAGGCUUGUUCGGCUGGUUCAGAUUUUCGUCGGAUCUGGCGAAGCCCCUAGCGAUACAAGCUUUCUCAGAUCAAGGAAAGGAUGACAAACGAUUACGGUAUGCGGAAGGAAUGAGCGAGGACAAUCUCCAGCUGCUAGGAACCCACCUGGCGUCUCUUGAUCCUUCCUGUAUACCUGCAGAGGCUUACAGCAUGGCGCGAUUUCACCUCGUCUCAGGACGAACGAAAAGUGUGAACGUGGCUCGGGCAGCGAUAUGGCAGCCACCGCAUGAUACCACGACACUUUCUGUUGUGGUUACAGGCCUUGGAAGCAUAGUGGAGUUGGUCUUAGAUGAAAGCAACGAACAUGAAUUGGAUGAGGAGAAAGGAGAAGUUCAAUAUACUUCAGACCGGAAUGAGCUGCUAGAACACUUUCGCCAGAUAUCGGCUACUUCAUAUUCGGCCAUCUAUGCUCGCGCCAGCACUGUGGGUCCUAACUUCUUGGUUGUGUCAUGGGGACUGGAAGAUGGUGUUGUGGUUUGUUACCGUCGGGUCAAACUCGCAGGCGACCAGAACACACACUCAUGGCAAGCCUGUGGGAUGCUCAGUCCAACCGACGCAGUACAAACACAUUUGGGUGACGACGUCUUUGUCCAAGAUGAAUCGGCUUCUUUGCGAGUGUCGGAUAUAGUACCCUUGAUUGUCGAGACGGGAAAGGUGCCAGCAGCGACUAUCGUGGUAUCUCGUUUGGGGGGGACCAUUGAGAUCGUUCCACUGCCUUCUCGUCUCUGGUACGGCCCCACCCUCCAGCAGCCCGCGUUAAAGCCGCCCCGAAUACAAGUACGACGGGGGGAAGCACUUCACUACGCAAUUGGCGAGCUGACAGACUUGGCAUCCUUUCAAAAUCGGAUCACGGCGUUGACGACGAGUGACUAUCAUACUGACGUGCUAGGCUUGGAGACGUUUCGCACAAGUGUCACUAGAGGAACGACGUGGGAUAAGGAAGCGUAUCCUCAGGGGCCGCCAGCGGAACAUAUUAUGGCCGCAUUUGGUGCAAAAAACGGUAGAGAAGCCGUAACGUUUUGGUCUGUCAGCACCAUGCUGAUGGAUGAGACAACAACAAAAGAGAACUGUGAUGAGUUCGGCUUUUUGCUUCAUGCAAAUAUGCUCGAAGCUAUUGACGUCGGUGCAGUUGGACCACCAGUCAGUGUGUUUGCUAGCGAUCCAAUUAUGCGGCACUGGAGGCGGCCACGGCAUGUGGAGCUUUGGGCCGACGCUGAGCAAGGGGUGUUGGAUGAAGAAAGUUCUAAGCGAAUCACCACAAUAUCGGUGUCAGCACCGAUAGUGACAAUACGCUUUACAACCGCGAGUAGCUCAUUGGAAAUGGCCAUGUUGGACUGGAACGGUGGGGUAACGAUGAUGGAUUGCCGCUUGCUGGAACAUACAGCAUCGCAAACCUUAGCGGAAAACGAAUUUAAGAUUGUUUAUCAACCUGGUAGUCCCGAAAAUAUCGAACCGUUGGUGGAAUCGAUCGUAGAUCGUUCGCAGUCACUCAAGUAUUUGGUGGAUGAGUAUGGUGUGUCUCGAGCGAUCGAUUUACGGUGGUGGUGUCCUCCUGAGUGUUUGCCGUUGCUGGCAAUCUUGAUAGAAUCUCCGCUGCGUCUUUGCUUUCUUUCGUUGGAACAAAUCGCCAAGGGCACAGUUCCUUGCAGCCUUCGACUCGGAAUGGCCUCUGGAACGUUACUGUCUUCUUCCUUAAAUGACGACUUACUUUUGACAUUGCUAGGAUGCAAAGGGGGGAGAAGGCAGUUGUCUCUCUUUGCCCUCCAUCCGCUCGACACUCGAACGACUGUGGAAUCGCUCUUUAACGAAUCUAAAUUCGAAGAAGCAAUCGCCGCCAUUAGUCGGCUUGCCGUGCGUGACCAAGUGAUUCUCUCAGAUAUGGUUGAAGAGUGUAACAAGCAUUUGUGGCGAACCACACGGGACUUUCGCUACUUGAGUAACAGUUCUGAUGAUGCUUUUGUCGUGCAAGAGGCCAUGGUUGAUGUAGAAUAUCUUGCCGAAUGCUACGACUUCGAUACCUAUCUUCGGUUGCAAAAUGUUGCUCUAAAUCGGAUCGAUUAUGGAAGGUUGGAGGCUUCAUUCGCAUUGAAAGGAUUCUUUGGGCCGGAGUCCAUCAGGCGCAACUUGAGACAACGAUUGGUGCUCUUGGGGACAUAUCGACUCCUCUGUAAGCGCUUAUUCUCAACACCGUCGCUUGCACAUUUUCUGGAAAAGUUCGUCUCAGUCAACAUAGCCGAUCUGGCUACAAGCCUGGCUAGAGCCGGAGAUAUUGAAGCUUUGUCAAUUGUGGUGUUUCGCCACGAAAUCGACACUGUCAGAUACUUGAGGGUGCUUUGUGAGAUACAUCCGACAAUAGCGUUGUGUCGAUACCUUCAUCUUCUUCCAGUUUGGCAAGAAAAUGUUGAAGCAAAAGGCUUUCUCUAUACGGGUAGUAAGGGAUAUGUUUUGCGAAAUUGGGCCGAAAUGCCAGAUACGUUGUCGAGCUCCAUUGGCUUCCAACUCCUCGUGGACGAAGAAGAUCGUGAUGCGGUCCAGAAACUGUACGCAGAAAUCGGACCCGAUGAAAGAUUGAAAAGUAGUUUGUCGUCCUGCUGGCAAAUACUAAGAGAUUGGUACUCUUCAUGGGCGCAUAUACUUUGCGACUUUGUCUGCGACCUUUCUUCGACAAUCAAGUUCUGCAAUGUUUCACUUAAGGCCCUCCAAUGCGAGAGUGCAGAGAAGAGAGACGCUUUGGACGUUUUGGAUGCCAGUCAGAAUCAUUCAGAAAUUCAUCGAAUUUUGCGCCGGUCGGAGGCUCUACAACUUUUGCUCGUUGAAAUCCUUGAUGUCAACAAUCCUCCAGUAACACAUUCGACGAUGGGCCUGAAGGAGCUUGAGUCGCUCGACACUCGCUCCGUAGUACAGCUGGCGCUGACAGGAGUCGUUGGUUUCGAUCAAGUUUUGGCACGAUUUCAAUAUGUUCUUAUCCCAUUGCUGCAUCCAACGCACGCAACGAGAGACGACACCGGCUUGUACGCUGAACUAGACAGGGAACUUGCUUUAUAUUGUUUUACAAUCUUUGAAGCCGCUCCCAUGGAAAAUUCUAGUGAUACGUGGGACCGUACUCAAAGAGCCAUAGAGAUCUGCACCGCAAUUGUCUCUUUGAGUACCACAGGAAUUCCUGCCAAGCAGCGGGUUGUAAAGGACAGCCGAAUUUUGAUGGACAUUGUUACGAGACUGUUUGAAAAUACCGUUGCAAUCAUUUGUCAACUAUGUCCAAAGCUUACCAAUGCGAGAGCGAUUGUGGAAACGCUUUGGAUGGCCUACGAAUCGUUACCAAAGCAUCUAGGGAAUGGUAGUGCCGAAGAGGUUGACAACAUGUACCGUUCGCUUGUACUAAUUGAUAUUCUUUCUCAAUGGCCAGACUGCUCACCAUUUCUUAUUGUGUCGAAAAAUGAUUCAUUGCGGUCUGGCCGGGAAGGCCAAAUACGUGCCGGGAAGCAAGCUGUUGAAAGCAUUUGUACGUCGUUCUGCAUGCAGGUAGGCUUGAAAUUCUCAAGAAUCGAAAACGUUGAGCAUGGACAGCUUCUUUCGAUGCUAAUAGCAGACAUCCAGCAAAUCAAUCAACAAUGCUGUGACGGGAAUCUAAGUACAGUGGAAAUCGUGACUGUUCGUCUUUUUGAGGUUCUCCUACAGCAGCACCAGGUAGUACUCAUACACAAACUUCUCACAUGCUAUGGCGCCCUCGUUGACAAAGCAAUGGCGUCAAAUUCUGUGAUGGCGUUCGUCAACGAAGCAGUAUUUGAAGAAACAAAUGAUGAAUCAACACUGUCAGCGGCAAUGGCAUGCCAAGAUGUCUUAUAUCCUUGGUUUCCGAACUUGCAUUCGGAAUUUAAAUCGGUCCGUGUUUAUAUGGACGUUGCAAAAUUCAUAAAUUCAGCGUUGGCAACUCAUUGGGUGUCUCCUGGAGUCCUUCAAAAGCAGCUGCCACUGGAUGUAGUUGAGUCUAUGCUGAUCUCUUACCCAUCGGUCGUAGUCUACGGUUACAAGAAUUGGGCAGAUGAAAAGUUUGCAAAAGAUGCCAACAAAUUGAUUCGUGACUUCUUUAAAGUGCAGGACUUAGCUUCUGAGGAUGUGGCGGCGUGGGAUGGCCAUAAGUUGCCCUCGUUGCCAGGCACCUUUAUCUUACACAUGGCGCAGCGUCUUGAUCUGACUGAUACAAAUGCGUUUGUUUUUGUGAAGAACAGGAUGAUACACCAUGCACUCAUCGGAAAGCACUGCGGUGCCGCCGCGGCCAUUUGCCGAAGCCUUUUCCACGAUGAGCUAGACUCUGUCUCGCGUGAUUUGUCCUUGGCCGUCGUUGAUGCGGCAUCUGCCAUUAUCCGAGAGGAUUCUUUUGACGAUGCUGAGACCAAAUAUGAACUAUGUAAACUCGCUUUGUCAAGCCGUAUUGGACCACUAUCCGUGGAGUCGCCACCAGCACAUAACGAGCUACUGGGAUACUAUUCAAGCAUUGAAUACUUGUGUACCUCUACCACUCCCACAAAUGCUUUCGCGGCUUCAAGCCUUUUUCAGGAUACUCUUGAGCAGUACUCUAUCAACUUUUCGGAAUUGUUGCGCUCUCUACGUCAUCAAAGCAUGUACAACACGGUCGACGAUGCCCUCUUGAGCACGAUCGCUAGAUAUUCCAUGUUUUGGUGCAUAUUUCAGUGUUCAAAGUACGAGGAAGCUGAUCACGUUGCUGUGCAGCAAGCUGAAGUGACCAGCGCUGCUCAACUCGCCUGCGGACUUCUUUUCUACAUCAAAGAUUCUGAUAUUGCAAUAGGAUGCCUUAAAGAGGUUCAAUCCGUGCUUCAAGAAGAGUUUGCGGCUAUCGUGUCAUCACUUCCUUCCCCGAACUCAGACUAUGUCCGGCCUGAUUGUAGCAUCGUUCACAAGCUUGUCGGGCGCGGCUACACCGAAACGGGCGCCAAAAGAGCCUCAUUUGUGACAAACAAUGAGAGCUACGAAGCUGCUCUUCAGUGGGCCGUAGCACACUCACUUGAUCCAGAUUUUGACAACCCUCUUGUUUUGACGAAAGCCGCGGACACAAAAUGGAUAGAUCAAGCUACUAUGCAACAGCUCCGUGCGACACUGGAAGCAUCGACUCGUAUUAUAUCUAAGAGCUCUGAGCUAGACGAGCUAAUUGCGAAGUGGAAAGAGGGUAGUAUACUACCCUUCCAAAGUGUUCAGUCCGGAAAGCUUGAGUCUUUCUCGAGACGCUACCAUAGGCAUGAUUUUCCCACUGGAAGACGGACUGAAGAACAUUCAAAAAUUCUUCCUCAUAUCGGAUCCUCUUCGCAGAAUUUGUUGGUAGAGCAAAGUUGGCGAAGCGAAAGCGCAGACAUGUCGUUCGUCGACGAGUUGGACGUCAGUGCUAUUCCCAAUCGAGCAGGAGAUGUUUACGAGAAGGUAUUGUUGUUAGACGAGAAAGAUGUGGAUGGCAAGCAAGAGUCACCUGACCCCAUAGACCGGAUUCGUCAAAAAAACUCAAUCGGCAAGGAGCAGCCCCUGGUCCCCGGACAGAGUGGAGCAAUGAUAUUUCAGGCUGCGCAACCAAAGGAAAACCUCGAUAUCGGUUACAAAAGAAAAGUUCUUUUUGCUCGCCAGGAAGACGGUAUCCAGACAAGCAACGAAAGAAGCACUUCGUUGGCAGGCCACGAUGGUACCGAACGAUCACGGGAAGCUAGUAAUACGACUGGCGCAACACAACUUACUACUGAGAAUGUUUUAAAGCCAUCUCAUUGGACCGCCGAAGCGAGUAAACGAAACCAGGCUUUGCGAGAUUCUUUUGAAAGGCACGAGUCACUGGGAGUGGGGGAAAUUAAAAGCCCUGACAUACCUUUUCUACGGGAGCAACGGCGCGCUUUGCUCCGUUCUAGUCGCGUUGCACGAGCCCCAUCGUCCGCACCAGCGACGGACGCGGACGAACGCCGCCGCUUAAUCGAAGAAGGUCGCCGCUUGCUACUACAAGCCCGAGGUGCUGGCGCCAUCGCAUCUCAGCGCACUUCUCAUCGUAAUCCGCUCCUUUCUAACACGGCUGAUUCGGCGUCACCUAAACCUCUACUGGCACAAGAUGAACCAAAUCUAAAAGCACCCUCCUCCAAUGAAGGAGGGGACAUUGACGAUGUUUGAUAGCUGCAAGAUAGGAAUUUAAAGCAUGAAAGAAAACACGUUGCUG